UACAGUACUGCAAUAUUGAAGUAGGCUGACGUUACUCUAUUUGCGAUUGUUAGAAAUACAGUUUGGUUGAAAGUUUUCUCGGUUUUCCUGUACAAUAAGACAUUUCGUUCUGGUGGUUUCAUGCUGGUGGCUGGCUACGAUUUGACGGGCUCAUUUUUCUGACACACUUUCCCGAGGACAGUAGGGGUUGUGGAGGCAUCAUGGCCCAGUGGAACCAGUUGCAGCAGCUGGAGACCAGGUAUCUGGAGCAGCUGUACCACCUGUACAGCGACAGCUUCCCCAUGGAGCUCCGGCAGUUCCUCGCCCCCUGGAUCGAGAGCCAGGACUGGGCGUACGCAGCGAACAAGGAGUCCCACGCCACGCUGGUGUUCCACAACCUGCUGGGGGAGAUUGACCAGCAGUACAGCCGCUUCCUGCAGGAGAACAACGUGCUCUACCAGCACAACCUGCGUCGCAUUAAGCAGCACCUGCAGUCCAAGUACCUGGAGAAACCCAUGGAGAUCGCCCGCAUUGUAGCCCGCUGCCUCUGGGAAGAGCAGAGGCUGCUGCAGACCGCCACCACUGCCGCACAGGACGGAACGGCAUCUCACCCUUCUGGCACUGUGGUGACGGAGAAACAACAGAUCCUGGAGCACAACCUGCAGGACAUCAGGAAGAGGGUUCAGGAUAUGGAACAAAAGAUGAAGAUGCUUGAGAAUCUCCAGGAUGAUUUUGACUUCAACUACAAGACCCUUAAAAGUCAGGGUGAUAACCCACCCAACUCCUCUCCUAUUUGCUCAGAGUUGUCCCAGGACAUGAAUGGGAACAGCCAGGCGGCAGCAACCAGGCAGAAGAUGUCUCAGCUGGAACAGAUGCUGAGUGCUCUGGACCAGCUCAGGAGGCAAAUUGUGACAGAGAUGGCGGGGCUGCUGUCAGCCAUGGACUUUGUCCAGAAGAACCUGACCGAUGACGAGCUGGCUGACUGGAAGAGGAGGCAGCAGAUUGCCUGCAUCGGAGGACCACCCAACAUCUGCCUGGACCGCCUGGAGACAUGGAUUACGUCCCUGGCUGAGUCUCAGCUGCAGAUCCGCCAGCAGAUCAAGAAGCUGGAGGAGCUCCAGCAGAAGGUGUCCUAUAAGGGAGACCCAAUCAUCCAGCACCGGCCCGCUCUGGAGGAGAAGAUAGUGGACUUGUUCAGGAACCUCAUGAAGAGUGCGUUCGUGGUGGAGAGGCAGCCUUGUAUGCCCAUGCAUCCAGACCGACCACUGGUCAUCAAGACAGGUGUGCAGUUCACCAACAAAGUCAGAUUACUGGUGAAGUUUCCAGAAUUGAAUUACCAGCUGAAGAUCAAAGUUAUUAUUGACAAGGAAUCUGGGGACGUGGCUGCUAUUCGAGGGUCCAGAAAGUUCAACAUCCUUGGUACCAACACCAAGGUGAUGAACAUGGAGGAGUCCAACAAUGGCAGUCUGUCAGCAGAGUUCAAACACCUGACCCUGAGGGAACAGAGGUGUGGCAAUGGUGGCAGGACCAACAGUGAUGCCUCCCUGAUCGUCACAGAGGAGCUCCAUCUAAUCACCUUUGAGACAGAGGUCUACCACCAGGGCCUGAAGAUCGACCUGGAGACCCAUUCUCUACCAGUGGUGGUCAUCUCCAACAUCUGCCAGAUGCCCAACGCCUGGGCCUCCAUCCUGUGGUACAACAUGCUGACUAACCACCCCAAGAACGUGAACUUCUUCACCAAGCCUCCGGUGGGGACGUGGGAUCAGGUAGCGGAGGUGCUGAGCUGGCAGUUCUCCUCCACCACUAAGAGAGGCCUGACCAUCGAGCAGCUCACCACCCUGGCUGAGAAACUACUUGGGCCGUGUGUGAACUACUCUGGAUGCCAGAUCACCUGGGCCAAGUUCUGCAAAGAGAACAUGGCGGGUAAAGGCUUCUCUUUCUGGGUUUGGCUGGACAACAUCAUUGACCUAGUUAAGAAGUACAUCCUGGCUUUGUGGAAUGAAGGGUAUAUUCUGGGUUUCAUCAGUAAGGAGAGGGAGAGGGCCAUCCUGAGCCCUAAGCCUCCUGGCACCUUCCUGCUGCGCUUCAGUGAGAGCAGUAAGGAGGGAGGCAUCACCUUCACCUGGGUGGAGAAGGACAUCAGUGGGAAGACUCAGAUCCAAUCGGUGGAGCCUUACACCAAGCAGCAGCUCAACAGCAUGUCCUUUGCAGAGAUCAUUAUGGGAUACAAGAUCAUGGACGCCACCAAUAUCCUGGUGUCUCCGCUGGUCUACCUCUUCCCAGAGAUUCCCAAGGAGGACGCCUUUGGGAAGUACUGCCGACCGGAAGCUGCUCCAGAGGCUGAACUCGGAGACCCAUGUAGUACCAUUCAACCAUACUUAAAGACAAAGUUCAUCUGUGUAACCCCGUGCCCUUCCGUGUUCAUGGACUUUCCGGACAGCGAGCUGCUUGGGAACGGGAUAUUCCCUGGCACCAACUCUGGUAACACCAGUGACCUGUUUCCCAUGUCCCCUCGCACCCUGGAUUCUCUGAUGCACAACGAGGCUGAGACCAACCCUGGCCCACUGGAUUCCCUCACUCUGGACAUGGAGUUGAGUACUGAUGCGGCGUCACCCAUGUGAAGACAUGAAUGAACCAGACUAAUUUUAAAUAUUUUAACUCCCCGUUUUCUUAAAAAUAAAUAUCAUCCACAGGUACCUCUGUCCCAUAUUGUGAAAGGGAACAAGACACAUUACAUUUAGCCACAUGUUUUGUUCUUUACCUUUCACCUAACACACCAACAGCGUCAUUGCGCAAAAUGGUACGCAGCAUCAUCUGGAUAUGUGUGCAACAAAAGUUCAACGUUAACCUUCUGCUACCAUUUCUGUCAAGCCAUCUACGCAUACAGUUUGAUGCAUACGUUAGAUAAAGGCAAAUGCAGCGUUCCAUUGGAAAUGAAUGUACUUCUGGUGUACCAAAAUGCAAUGGCGCUAUCGGUGUGAUCGAGGCGUUAGUAUCAAUGUUUUGAAAAGCCACGUCUCCCUCCCUGUGGGUGUUUCACAAAGUACCUUGUAUUUAAAUUGUGUAUUUUAAUACAAAAUUAUAUUUUUGUUUCCUUGAAUUUCUUAAAAUGGUUUUGAUCUCAACCUUCAUUUUUGAACCAGCGCUUUUGUUUUUAUAAGAAUGUCUGAAGAGGAAGAUUGCUAUCUAGCUUUUCAAAGAUAAUAAGUUAUUCUUUGUUAGCUUGAAAGUUCUAGCUUUUCAAAGAUAAUAAGUUAUUCUUUGUUAGCUUCAUAGUUCUCAAUUACCUAUUCUAUGAUAACCUUUUUGGUAGUCCGUCCGUCUGUCUCCCAUUAAAUUCUCUAUUGAAGGGGACACCUGUAUCUUUAUGUUCCUUUGUAUUUGAUUGAGAAAUAUCCUGGUCCAUUCUUUCCGGUUGUAUCUUAUUCCUUUUUUUUUUUUUUUUUUAAUCUAUAAUCUCACUGUAACACAAUGAGUCAGUAAUAUGAUGUGUUUCUAAAAACCAAGGAGAUAAGAACCAAGGUGACUGGAGUGAAUUUGUUAAUUGAACAUUCAUUUAUAAAGGUCAUUUAUGUGAAUGGCGCUGGUUUUCGUUUUGGGUGUCUGAAAUGGCGUUGAUAAUGACAGGAUAUUUCCCUGACCUUCUCUGCUGUCUCCUGUCUCAGCCUCGGAUCAGCCCCGCUCUCAGCAGGCAGCAGCAUGUCUCAGUUGAAGGGAAAAUACUGAUUCUUCCCUGGAUUGUAGAGCACGUUGACGUUUGUCUUGAAUCUUGCCCUGAGCAAUUUCCGCUAGCUGGGCCAGCUGCAAUGUCAAAAUUGGCGAUAUCGUAAAAAAAUAGUUUUCCUUAAUUUAGGGUUAGGCAUUGGGUUAGAAGUGUGGAUUAGGGUUAGGUUUAAAAUCAGAUUUUAUGACUUUGUGGCUGUGCCAGCUAGUGACCACUCUGCAGAGCUGUCUAUAGGACAACAUUCAUGACAUAUGCCAACCUGCGACUGUAGAUAGAAAUGUACAUUAUUCUCUGGGGUUUUUAAUUCAUACACACCCCCUUCGUCCUUUAUAGUUUGUCAUAAUGUGAAUAGCAGUUGUUGUUUUCAUUGAUCCAUAAAAAUAGAAUUAUCAUUGCCACAGUACUGCACUAGUCUGUGCCGUAAUGGUUUAUGUAGUGCCUAUCUCAUAUCGUAUUAAUGAUUUAUUUUAAGCGAACACUUCUUGAAUGUGUUGACCUUGACCUUGUUUUUUUUGUUAUUUACAUAAUGUUAGUAUCAGUUUCUAAUGAUAUUUCACUUUUCUGUUUGAUUGUAUAUGGGUAUGAUAUGAUACCACACUUGUCCAUCGCUUCAUGACUUAAGUGCUCAGUUGAAUCUGUAAUUGAGUUCACUCUGUAGAUGUUAUUUGAAAAAAGCUAUCUGUAUAUUAUGCUGUAACUAAUCUUAUAUUUGUUUAAAAAUCAUAAAAACAAAAAAAAUAUUAUCCCUCA